GUUACUAGGGGCGCAUUUGACGCUCGGAGACACCAAGGUCGGGCGCGAGAGCAUGCGCAUCAAGGUCGGCGGCUUGUUUCCUAUUCGAAUUUUGGUUGUUCAUUUUGUGAUACGAUUAUGGGUAAUGGAUUGACAACUACUGAAGAGGCUCCUUGCGAAGCGAGAGUUGAUGUAGAAAACGCUCGAGAUGGUGAAGAUGAAAUUUGGGAAGCUCAUUGUGUCAAGCGUUCGUUCAAACCCUCAUAUGAUGAUGUCUGUAUCGACAAAGAAAUAGUUUCGAAACCUGUGAGUGAAUGCAGUGCUUCUGGUCAGUCGGUCAGUCAUAGUACGACCGGAAGCACCUCAACUGUGAUAAGUGGUGAGCAUGUAGUUCUGGCGUGGCAGAUUGACAUGCCUGAUCUCAGCAGUCAAAGGCGAAGGAGCAGGAAACGAGAGGGUUUGAGGUCAACGGAUGAUUAUGAAAUGCUGACAGAUAUGGUGACUGUAGAAAAUUUGAUGCAGAGGAAGGUUUUUGAUCAGAGAAGAUGGCUUUGUAUAAGUCGACCACAAUACCAGAGGUCAUGUGGUAUUACUUCUCUUGUCUCAUGCUGGAACUACUUAUUCAGUCACCUGGGAUGUGGCAGUCACAGACCAAUAACACAGGAACAAGCAUUGACAGUGCUGGGAUUUGCCCCAUCAUUUGAUGAGAUCAGAUUUGGACCAUUCACUGGGAACGUUACUCUGAUGAGAUGGUUUCAACGGCUCAAUAAACAUUUUAGAGUGUUUGGUCGUUCUUAUUUCUUAUACAAACCUCACGGUAAUGAUCGUACGAUUGGACUGUCUUCAGAAUCAGCUUUGGAGAAGUUAAAGGUUGGACUUCAAGACAAGUCAAAGGCCUUCAUUUAUCAUUGCCAAAACCACUACUUUUGCCCUGUUGGUUUUGAAGAUGUCCCACUAGCUGAAAGUGAUGCAUACAGACCGACCUUGUCUGACUCAGAAGUUGAAACGUGGAUACUGAUAUGUGAUACAAGCAGGAGGCAUCCUGGAAUACAAUGCAAACUAUGGAAGGACAUUGCGACUGAUCUGAACUGCCAGAAUCCCAAUUUCUUAGACAUACGGCAUUUAGACAGAGGAAUUCAGAGACGUAAAACUAAGAAGGUGGGAGGAAACUUACACUGUAUUAUGACUUUCCAGCGAUCAAACUUGGAGGAGACAAAGCAGUUAGAUGAUGAAACUAGCAGUAUGACACUUACUAGUAGAGAAGAGAAUGAUGACUCAUCUCUAUCUGCUAGCUAGUGCAUGAAUUCAAAGCCUAUCACGUAGUGUGUAGACUGUACAUAGAUCAAGGAUUGUUUACAUUUUUGUUUUAUAAUGU